GAGGGAGGGAUCAGCGACGACAAGCAGAGAGCGGGGGCAAGAUGAGGAUCAUGAUAAAGGGCGGUGUUUGGAAGAACACCGAGGACGAGAUCCUCAAGGCCGCCGUCAUGAAGUACGGCAAGAACCAGUGGGCUCGCAUCUCGUCCCUCCUCGUCCGCAAGUCCGCCAAGCAGUGCAAGGCCCGGUGGUACGAGUGGCUCGAUCCCUCCAUCAAGAAGACGGAAUGGACACGGGAGGAGGACGAGAAGUUGCUGCAUCUUGCCAAGCUCAUGCCUACUCAGUGGAGGACCAUCGCCCCUAUCGUUGGCCGUACGCCCUCUCAGUGCCUCGAGCGGUAUGAGAAACUACUUGAUGCAGCCUGUGCUAAGGAUGAGAACUAUGAACCUGGAGAUGACCCGAGGAAAUUGCGGCCUGGGGAGAUCGAUCCAAACCCAGAGUCGAAGCCGGCACGCCCAGAUCCUGUUGAUAUGGAUGAGGACGAAAAGGAAAUGCUUUCGGAAGCAAGAGCUCGGUUGGCCAACACUAGGGGCAAGAAGGCUAAGAGGAAAGCUAGGGAGAAGCAACUGGAAGAGGCCAGGAGGCUAGCUUCUUUGCAGAAAAGAAGAGAACUGAAGGCUGCUGGUAUCGAUAAUAGGCACAGGAAAAGGAAAAGAAAGGGGAUAGACUACAAUGCAGAAAUUCCCUUUGAGAAAAGGCCUCCUCCAGGUUUUUUUGAUGUUGCUGAUGAAGAUGGACCAGUUGAACAGCCCAAGUUUCCGACCACGAUAGAGGAACUUGAAGGAAAAAGAAGGGUGGAUUUGGAAGCACAACUAAGGAAGCAAGACAUAGCUAAGAAUAAAAUCGCGCAGCGGCAGGAUGCACCUUCUGCUAUACUUCAAGCCAACAGGCUAAAUGACCCUGAAACUGUUAGGAAGAGGUCAAAAUUGAUGCUUCCAGCUCCCCAAAUAUCAGACCAUGAACUUGAAGAAAUCGCCAAGAUGGGUUAUGCUAGUGAUCUGGUGGGUAAUGAGGAACUGAUGGAAGGGACCUCUGCAACUCAUGCUCUUCUUGCGAAUCAUGCUCAAACACCACAUCAGGGAAUGACACCUUUACGGACACCCCAAAGGACUCCUGCUGGUAAAGGUGAUGCUAUCAUGAUGGAAGCUGAAAAUCUUGCGCGUUUGAGAGAGUCACAAACGCCAUUAUUAGGUGGUGAAAAUCCUGAUUUGCACCCUUCGGAUUUUUCCGGGGUCACUCCUAGGAAAAAGGAAAUACAAACGCCAAAUCCCAUAAUGACACCUUCAAUGACUCCGGGAGGGGGCUCGACUCCCAGACUUGGCAUGACUCCGUCGAGGGAGAAUUUUUCUUUUGGUAUGACGCCAAAAGGAACUCCCAUCAGGGAUGAGCUCCAUAUAAAUGAAGAGAUGGAUAUGAAUGAUGGGGCAAAGCAGGAGCUAAGACGACAGGCUGAUCUGAGGAAGAAUUUGCGCUCAGGUUUAAGCAAUCUUCCUCAACCAAAGAAUGAGUAUCAAAUAGUUAUGCAACAAAUUCCAGAAGAUAAUGAGGAACCUGAGGAGAAGAUUGAGGAAGACAUGUCUGACAGGAUAGCUAGAGAAAAAGCUGAGGAAGAGGCACGACAGCAGGCACUGCUUAGGAAGAGAUCAAAAGUAUUGCAAAGGGAGCUCCCUCGGCCUCCUGCUGCUUCUCUGCAAUUGAUAAAGGAUUCCUUGUUGCGAACAGAGGGAGAUAAGAGUUCUUUUGUCCCACCAACCCUGAUUGAAUUGGCUGAUGAAAUGAUAAGGAAGGAGCUUCUCUCGUUAUUGGAGCACGAUAAUGCAAAGUAUCCUCUCCAGGAUAAUACGAGUAAGGGAAAAAAGAAAGGUGGUAAGAACUCUGCAAAUGGUAGUACUAUUCCUGUGAUUGACGAUUUUGAGGAGGCUGAUAUGAAAGAGGCUGAUUCCAUGAUAAAGGAAGAGGCUCAGUACCUUCGUGUAGCCAUGGGCCAUGAAAGUGAAGCAUUUGAAGAGUUUGUUGAUGCACACAAAACUUGCUUAAAUGAUCUCAUGUUCUUCCCUACCCGCAAUGCCUAUGGACUCUCAAGUGUUGCUGCAAAUGCGGAAAAGCUUGCUGCCUUGCAGAAUGAAUAUCAUUUUGUUAAAGCAAGGAUUGAUGAAGAUCAUGAGAAGGCCCAGCGACUAGAGAAGAAGGUCAAAACUCUCACAUUCGGCUAUCAGAUGCGGGAGAAGACUCUUCGUGACCAAAUUGAGUCAACCUUCAAGCAGCUGGACACUGCAGGGACAGAACUAGAGUGUUUCCGAGCUCUGCAGAAGCAAGAGCAAUUAGCAGCCUCACACAGAAUAAAUAGUUUGUGGGAGGAAGUUCAGAAACAAAAGGAGCUUGAGCGAACUCUACAGAUACGCUACGGUGCCCUUGUUGCCGAGCUGGAGAGAGCAAGGCAUCUCUUUGAUGGUUACAGAGCAGAGGCGCAAAAGCAAGAGGAAAUCGCGGCAAAUAAUCGAGCUUUAGAAAUAGCCAAUGCUGCAACAAAUCAAGCAGUUCCAUCAAAUCAAACAGAAGAAAUUGAGGAUCCUACGGACUUUUGUCAAUCGCUUGAUGGAAAUCUGGGCCAGGAAAGUCAUGCUGCGGAGAAUGCUCAUGCAGAUGACAGAAAUGUUUCGACUGCAGCUUCCUCUGAAGGUCCUGUUGAUAUGGAAGAUGAAAAACCUCAUGAAGUAUUGGUGGGUACAGAACUGAUUGCUGAAUCUACUGAGCAGGUGGAUGUGGAUAGCACGAUGAGCAAGGAGAAAUUGGAUGUUGAGGAUCAGGAUUCUACAAUGGAAAUGAGAAACUCUAACGGACCCUUAACCGAGCAGAUUGAAUAUGGGAGCACAACCCCUCCCCAUAGUAGUAGGCUGGUGAAUGACAAUUCAGUUCCAAUUAGUAGCGAUGAGGAGAGGUCAAUGUAGGACUGAGGUGUCCAAGUCAAUGAAAGAUGGGGAGAAUCUACCCAUAGCAGAAGCAGAAUCUUCUUGGAAGUGACUUCAAUCUGUAUGCAAACAAAGUUGUUUAGUAGUUUGUGGCCAAGCUUAUAUGCGCUUGAGGGACUGAGUGCAUCAUCAUCCCCGGAUUUAGUUCCCACUAUACUCAAAAGCAGCAUGGAAUUGUUACUGAUGAGGAGUGCAAUUACACAGACGACGAUCCAUCGUUGAGGUGCUUUCCAAUGUUUCUGAGAUUUGUGAUAGUAGCCAUCGGCGAGGCUGCGGAUGAUAAAUUGAAAUUCAAUUGAGAAAAAGCGGUCAUGUCUUUUUGCGAGGUUUGGCAGCUACUCCUGUUGCUUUAUGUUGUCCUUGUCCGUGAUGCCAAAUGCGUUGCAGUCUUGUUCAUGCAAUGUAUCGUGGAGGUGUUACCCGAACUUUGAUAAUGCUUUUUGGACCGAAUAAAGUUGACAGAACUCCCCUUUUCUUCGGUUCCAAUCUUUUUUUUCCCGAAUGCUGGACUGAGGGUUAUGUAAAUUAUUGUUCCCAUCCGUGCUAGGAUGCAGAAGUUGUGAUAAGCAAAAACUUUGUUUGUGA